GAUCCCCCCCCCGCACGUCUCUCCUCUGCUCUACUGCUCUCGCCUUCAUCCCGCGACUGCCAUUGCGAUCUUUGCUCUGUUGUCUCGCUGCGAUGAUGCAUCCAGAUCUGCUUCAGAAUUGAACUCUUUGCGAUUUGCCAAGCCCCCGUCUCUGUUCUGUUGUUCAGAUCUUGUUCCAUGAUUCGCUUCGUAAGGCAUGGCGUCUUCCGACCAACCUGAAAAAGUGGAUAGGGAUGUGAAGGAGAAAGAGAAGAAAGAGGAGAAAGAUGAAGGUAAGGGCGGGUUCAUGGAGAAGGUCAAGGAUUUCAUUCAAGACAUUGGUGAAAAGAUCGAGGGAGCUAUUGGAUUUGGCAAGCCAACUGCAGACGUCGCAGGGAUUCACAUUCCCUCUAUUAAUCUCAAGAAGUUAGAAUUAGUUGUCGAUGUUCUGAUCAAGAAUCCGAAUCCUGUUCCGAUACCUCUUAUUGACAUAAACUAUUUGAUCGAGAGUGAUGGAAGAAAGCUGGUUUCUGGACUAAUCCCUGAUGCUGGAACUAUCCGUGCACACGGAGAGGAAACGGUCAAAAUUCCAGUUAAUUUGAUAUAUGAUGACAUAAAGAGCACAUAUGCUGACAUCAAGCCUGGAAGCAUCAUUCCCUACAAGGUUAAGGUUGAACUCAUCAUUGAUGUGCCGGUCUUUGGAAGGCUAACUUUGCCACUUGAGAAAACUGGAGAAAUCCCCAUUCCUUACAAGCCUGAUAUUGAUGUCGAGAAAAUACAUUUUGAGAGAUUCUCAUUUGAGGAAACCGUUGCAGUUCUUCAUUUGAAGUUGGAAAACAAGAAUGACUUCGACUUGGGACUUAAGGACCUUGAUUAUGAGAUUUGGUUGGCCGAUGAGAGCAUUGGAGGUGCUGAGCUCUCUGAAUCUACGACAAUCGGCAAAAAUGGUAUCAGUAAACUUCUGAUUCCCAUAACCUUCAGACCAAAAGAAUUUGGCUCUGCGUUGUGGGAUAUGAUGAGGGGGAGAGGCACAGGUUACACCAUGAAAGGAAAUAUUAAUGCGGACACACCUUUUGGAGCUAUGAAAUUGCCCAUCAGCAAGGAAGGAGGAACUACCCGCCUAAAAAAGAACGAUGACGACGACGACGAUGACGAGGAGGUAGAUUGAAGAUGUUCUGAGGAAGAUAGUUAUUUUUGCCUGGCAGAGUUCUACUUGAACGAGAGAGUAUGUGGCCAAUUUCAACUUGAGCUGUCAGCUUCUGGUCUUGAUUUAUUUACUUGUUAUAUCAGCUUUUAAAUUUGCUUAUGUAUGUGUUCGUUGUUAAUUUCCGAUAUAUGCUGCACCGUGGCACUGUAUUUUCUUGCACAGCCACUGUGACAGCUGGUGUCAAGACAGCAUUGGCAUGUAUUUUAAGAACUUCUAUGAGGGUGUGUGGACUCAAUGACCAGAUGAACCUGUUUUUCAGACUAUGUUCGGCAAAUGAGAGGGGGCUAUUAGUCACCGUUGCCGUAUCUGUUUUAGAUGCUAAUGAAUGUAAUAGUAUUUGCUAUAUAAGGAGUGAUGGUUUUCUUGGUUUCGGGCAA